AUGACAAUGGAUUCACGUGCACUAUGUGUGAUUCGUUAUACAUGUCGAUUAUUAAGUACAUGUGAAAUAACAAUAGCAACAAGACGACAUUGUUCAGCUUGUCGUCUUAAUAAAUGUUUUCGACAAGGAAUGAAAAAAGAACUUAUUCGUAGUUUAACUGCUAUUGGUCGAGCUACAUCAGGAAUGAUAGUAAGUAGCCAUUAUCAUGAACAACUAUCAAGAUUAACAACUAUGAAUUUUUUACCAUCAAAUAAUCAAUCAACUCUAUCAUUUGAUGAUUGGAAUUUAAUAACAAAUAUUCGAAAUGCAUAUGAAGAUUAUUGUAUUGAACCAUUUCUUGCUUCACAUGAAACAAUACCACUUAUAAUAACAACACAACCAUAUCGUUCACGUAUUAAAAUACAACGUUUAAUUGAUAUUAGAGAAAAAUAUCUUAAUGUUAUUGUUUCAUUUAUUAAACGUAUUCUUCAAUAUAAUAAAUUUCUUGAAAAUAAUUAUCAAUAUAUAAAAGAUAAUAUUCGAACAUUAUUAUCAUUAAAUACAAGUGAAUUAAUGAAAUCAAAUGUAUUAAAAUAUUUUCCAUGGGAAUAUGAUAGAUUUUUAUUUGAAUCAAUUUUUACAGAAAAUCUUAUUCAACAUUUAGAAAAACAUAUAUUAAUGUAUGAAACAUUUUCACCAUAUGAUCCACUUUUUAUAAAACUCUUUCUUAUUAUUCUUGUUUUAACAUGUGGAAUUUCACCAGUAUUCAAAAAAAUACAAUAUAAUUCAAAUGAUUUUAAUCCAUGUCCAAAAGAAAUUUUUUUAACACAAAAUUAUUAUUUGACACUUUUAUGGAAAUAUGUGAUAUAUAGAUUAGGUUACUAUGAUUCUAUUAUGUAUUCAGUCAGAUUUAUUCAACAUAUUCUUCGUAGACAAGUUAUUGAAGCUGACUUAAACGAUAUAAUAGAAAAAAGAGAUGAUCAUGGUCAACUUGCACAACUCAUGGAAAAAACAAUUCAAAUAUAA